GCUGGGCAGGCUUGGGAGCUGGUGGCAACAGAGACGCUGGAGAGCCGGCUGGAGGAGGGGAGGCAGCAUCCCCUAGCAGACAUCGAGGGCCUGGUGGCCCGAGCCCCGUCACGAUGACCAACUGCCCGGCGGUCCCUGGCCACUGGCCCCGGGUGCUCGGGGCGCUCCUGCUGCUGGCCGCCUCACUGAACACUCAGAGUGGAAGCCGGGAUGACCCCGUGUGCACCGAGGGCGUGGUCUCCGUGGCCAGGGGUCAGCGCGCGGUGAUGACCUGCAACCUCUCCAACCCAAUCACCCACAUCACCAUCCAGCUGAGCGCCCACGGGGUGAACAGGACCGUCUUCAGUGAGGACGCCCCUGGGCACUUCUCCCGGGGCGAGUGGCAGCUCCAGGUCCAGGGGGGCCAGGCCCAGCUGGUGGUCAGGGCCGCCCAGGACAGCCACGCCGGGCUGUACCUGUGGCAUUUGUAUGGACACCAGAGAAACAGCAGAGUGAUCAUCCUACAUGUUUCAGGCACAAAGACAAAGCGCACAGGCGGGGAGCUGCGGCCGUGGACGCUGGUGGGGGUGAUGGUCGCUCUCCUCUUCUCAGUCCUGGUGGCCGGAGCCCUGGCUAGGAGAGUUUACACACGCUUGAGCAGGGCGCUUCCAAGAACCGCUGUCUGGAGCUCGGGACCCCUAAGCCAGUCCCUCCAGCCCAAGAUGCCCACCCGACACCGGGCCACACCCAGCCGCAUAGCCAGGGUGCUGGGGGUCCUCCUGCUCCUGGACGCCGCCCUGAGUACACAGAACGAACGUAGGUCCACAGCCCACGCUUCCCACACCAACCUGAGUGCACAGAGCUGGGACGACCCCGCGUGCACCGAGGGCGUGGUCUCCGUGUCCAGGGGUCAGCGCGCCGAGAUGACCUGCAACAUCUCCAACCCCUUCACCUGCAUCACCGUCAGCCUGAGCUCCCCCGGGGCCGACGGGACCCUCUUCCGCGUGGAGCCCUCCGCAGGCCGCUCCCGCGUCUCCCGGGACGGCUGGCAGCUUCUGGUCCAGGGGGGCCGGGCCCAGCUGGUGGUGGAGUCCGCGCAGGACCGCCACGCCGGGCUGUACUCCUGGCGUCUGCGCGGGUGCCAGACGAAUCUCAGACAGGUCUACCUGAACGUGUCACGGACGGAUGGGACUGGCGAGCCCCAAGACCCACAGCUGGCUGCAGACCUAGGACUGGCCAUGUCCUCCAGGGUCCGCCCGGAGGCAUCCACCUGGCCCCGGUCCCGGGGAGGGGCGCUGGCCUCUGUCCUCAUGCUGGGGAUCACCGUGCUCGGCCUCCUCUCAUGGUAUAGGACCUGCCAUUCCCGGAAGUUCCAGCAGAUGCCCUCCGGCGACGGGCGUGCGUCCGGCCCUGACUGGAGGUGGACGUGCGGUGCCGUUGUGUGUGGACAUUGAGUUUUCUGAAAUACAGUUGUUCUGUGAGCCCUGUUC